GGUAAAGAUAAUCCCUUUAAAAAGGAGAUCGGAGUCGCAUCCUCUCAACAAGCAGGGGAACCGCAGAGACGGACAAAUAGUUUUUUCCUCAGUUGUCUAAGGCAGCUCAGAGACAGAUCGAUACUGAGCUGAAUUUCUGAAGGAUUGAAGUCUGCCUAAACAGCCUGAAGAAGAAACUCAGAAAUCACCAGAAGGAGUCUAGACGGUCUGGAUCUUUCUGGAACAGGCUUGUCAUGGCGUGAAGGGCCAAAACCAAGACGGGUGGGGUGAUUUGUUAUUUUGUCUGGCGAGACGGUAACUUAAUCAAAAAAUGGUCGGAAAGCUCAAGCAGAACUUGUUGCUGGCAUGUUUGGUCAUCAGUUCGGUGACCGUCUUCUAUUUGGGCCAACAUGCCAUGGAGUGUCACCAUCGGAUCGAGGAACGGAGCCAGCCAGCCCGAGUGGAGUACUUGCGGGCCACAUCCCGAUCUGGCCUUAGUUCGAAAGAAAACACGACCUUUGCUUAUCACAAAGACAUGCCUUUAAUAUUUAUUGGUGGGGUGCCCCGAAGUGGCACCACCUUGAUGCGGGCGAUGCUGGAUGCUCACCCGGACAUCCGCUGCGGGGAAGAAACCAGGGUGAUCCCUCGGAUCCUGGCGGUCAAACAGAUGUGGGCGCGGUCGAGCAAGGAGAAAAUCCGUCUCGACGAAGCGGGUGUAACGGACCAGGUUUUAGACUCAGCCAUGCAGGCUUUCCUGCUGGAAAUUAUUGUGAAGCACGGGGAGCCGGCUCCUUACCUGUGCAACAAGGACCCCUUUGCUCUAAAGUCCUUAACUUAUCUGGCCCGGAUUUUCCCCAACGCCAAGUUUCUCUUGAUGGUACGGGAUGGCCGGGCGUCGGUCCACUCCAUGAUCUCCAGGAAGGUCACCAUUGCUGGGUUUGACCUCAACAGUUACAGGGACUGCUUGACUAAAUGGAAUCGGGCUAUCGAGACCAUGUACAACCAGUGUGUGGAGGUGGGAUCGGACCGCUGCAUGAUGGUCCAUUACGAACAGCUUGUCUUGCAUCCGGAGAGAUGGAUGAGGAGUCUACUGAAGUUCCUCCAUAUCCCGUGGAAUCCUGCUGUCCUGCAUCAUGAAGAGAUGAUUGGGAAGGCUGGUGGUGUGUCUCUUUCCAAAGUGGAAAGAUCCACGGAUCAGGUCAUCAAGCCAGUCAACGUCGAAGCCUUGUCGAAGUGGGUGGGGAAAAUCCCGUCGGACGUUCUUCAGGACAUGCCCGUCAUUGCGCCAAUGUUAGGGAGACUCGGCUACGAUCCUUAUGCCAACCCGCCGAAUUAUGGGAAGCCGGAUCAGAAAGUUCUUGAAAACACUAGAAGGGUUUAUAAAGGCGAAUUCCAACUUCCUGACUUCCUCAAAGAAAUGCCACAGCUUAAGAAGACAAUAGAAAGGAGGUCCCGUGUCAAGAUAAAAUGAACCAGGAGCUCCCCACGUAGAGUAGCUUGUGGUGUCUGUUACAUAUUUUCCACACACAUUCCCUUUUGGCUGCAGGCACCUGAGCUCCUUCGGAUAACCUCUUUUGCUUGUGUCUGCCCACGCGCCCUCUGACACAAGAAGGUGAUGCUGUGAAAUAGAAGAGCUGGCGAGAAUUAACACACACAAGUGGAAUGCUGGCUGCUUUUUCUUAAAGCAAAGUUCUGUGGUGAGAUCUACAGAGAACACAAUGGACUGGUUGCCUCAAUUGGAAUAUUGUCCUAUUUCUAUACUGUGGUCUUUUUGAAAAGAAAAUCUUUGUUUUUGAGAACCUGUAAAUCCUUGUGGCUCAGUCCUCGCGUCACUUCCUCCAGAGAAACCCCAUCGAAGCCCUGGAGAUAUUUUGAGUGAGUGCUUCCAGGCCGCUAGCAUCCAGAAAAGGGAAUGACGAUCCAGUGGCAAAUCCCCCCUGAGCAGAUCCUGUCAUGGCAAGCUGUGAUUUCAUAGCUUUUUGUCAUUUUCUGUGGCAGUUGCUUGGGAGGACCAUGCUCAAAAUAAGACGUUUUUUAAAAAAUGGUAGAACAGAUGGUGCGCUGUCUGACCUAGGGAUGACUGUUCCACCUCGCCUGAUGUUUUUCACAUUUUCAGUAGCAUUUUCAGCACUGAUUUGAGAUUUCACUUGUGUCAAAAUCUUACUAAUGUGGGUCUGCCCUUGCUGCAACAUACUGGAUCCUGGCCCAGAGAUCCUUCCUUGGAAGCAGUUGGCUGUAAUCACGUGACUUGCAUGUGGGUUUAUCUGGGUGUUUCCCUGCCAAGGGCACAGCUGGUCAUCACCAGAUUGGGAUGAAGGAAGGGAGGCCUAGUCUGCUUCUACAUUGUUUUGCUUCUUGAGUCCCUUAAAGCAGCACUGUUUGGGGGAGUAUGUCCUCUAUUUAUCCUGUUUUAUGUUUCCCCCCCAAUUUGGUUUGGGAUGACCCUUUUGGAAAGAUGCCAUGGAUGCCCCGCGAACAGGAAGCUGAACAUUUUUAUAGCGUCUGCCCACACAAACAUCAUUUUCCUUACCUUGGAAUCUAUGGCUGCUACUUCCCUACCAGACUAGAUGGGUUUUUUUUUAAAAAAAAAUCAGGAAUUGUUUAGAUGACUAUAGUAUUUUAACCAACUUUUCUAAGAAUGGACCACUUUCCUCUUUGUUUUAGAAAGCAACUCUCCAUCCCCUUUCGUUGCGUUGUUAUAAGGGGAAAAGUGCAAGUGACAUUUCCUCUUAUCUCUGCAAAUGAACGUGUUAGGAACUUUUUAGAAAAUGAAAGCUGGAACUAGUACAUUGUUGCGUUAUGGGGUUCUUGCUCUUUUUGAGCCUGUGGGCACAUUUGGGAUUCUGACACAGCACAGAGAGUGCAGCAACAAAAUGGCUGCCGCAGGAGGUGGAGCCAGCCGCAACAUGAUUGCUGCAAUUUAACUUCAAUAACACUGUGUAGAAGAACCUCAUGCAGCAGUUUAAAAAGAUCUGCACAGCCAAUCAAAUCUCCAGUAUUCACUGAGAAGCCUUGCUGGGCAAAAGCCCUACCUGACUCCACCUACUUCUUAAAAACACUUAGCCGGUAUAGUGAAAAGUGUUGACAAAUGCCUACGGGCGCCACCUUGGGGACUUUUGCAUUAGCUCUUUAGACUGUGAGAACAAGCAAGCUGUUUCUGAGGGUUUUUUUUUUUGAAAGGCCUAAAAAGUCCUCUGGUGGCAGAAGUGAAAACAGCAGCCAUAGAAGGCUUAAGCAAGAAAAGUUGGGGGAAACGUCCACAUACUGUAUCUACUGCAAAUCCAGUGGCGAGAGCUAUGCAGAAAACUAUCUCUAUGUGGAAGCAGCCCUGAAUUCUGUCUGGUAACAGAUAUUAACAGCAGCGAUUGUGCAUUGAUAACCUGUGAAGGGGAUACAGACUUGGGUUGGAUCCAGCCAAGACGUGUAGUGAACAUAGCCCUGAGUGCUGGCGUGGUCUCCCUUAACACUUUGCAAUAUUUUUUUCCAUCCAUCCAGCAACUGACAAGCAGGGAUGGGCUCAUGGCUGCUUUUCCCUAACUGAGGCAAUUAAAAAAUUACGGAGAAGGAUAUCUGUGCCUCCUUUUUCAGUUUGAUUGAUGUGUGAAAUGUCUGGGCUCUUAAUUAUUUAAAAAAAAUGAAUGAUUUCUGAGAUGCAGAGAAAUGACUUGGAUGUUUACAAUUCAACAGCCUUUUGUAUUUUAUUUUUCAAAAUAAAUGCUUUAAAUGUG